AUGGAGAACCCUCAAUUAAACACCUUUUUCGCUAGGAUCAGCUCUGGAGAUUUCAAUUGCUUGAUUUUAAACCUGGAUACGAAUGGCGCCUUAGUCGCCCAGUUACAGGCAGAUUUGCAAAACAUCACCUCGGACAACGACCUAGAAGAAUUGGUCGAGAGACAAAAGUUCCACAAAGGCUCCUGGACUAGGUUUAAUAUUCUGGUGACCAGCUUCCUCAAAUAUUGCAAAGAUGUUAAUCCGUGGUCGCUGUGGGAAAGCUCAGACCUCAUAUUCACAUACUACCAGGAUUUAACAAACUGUCUGCUAAAUGAUAACUUUCCCGCAAACUCGUUAGUUCCACUCUUUCAGGAUACAACAGAAUACGCGAUUGUGCUAGCUAAGAGACUUGAUUCCAAAUAUCGCGACUUAGGAACUCGGCAGCAUCAAUUCUUGGCAUACAUGUCUUCCGUAAUUACCAAAUUGUUCAACAGCAUCAAACCUCGUUACGAAGAACCGGCUCUGCGAUUCCAAGAGCUGCCCAAAAAACAGCAAAUUUUGCUCUAUACUGCCAACAAACUGAACAACAUUUAUAUGCACAUCGACUCUCCUUCAUCGUGCGCUAACAUCUUUAAAAAUGUGAAACCCAAAUCGGCUAUACAGAGCUUUUCUCAGUACCCAAUAAAAGAGCAGAUUGAGUACCGCUAUCUACUAGGCCGUUACUACCUGCUCAACCAUAGAGUCUCCAAUGGCUUCCAUCAGUUAAACUGCGCCUUUUCUCUACUAGCGGUGUGCGUUAACAAAUCUCCACCAAAUACGGCAACUCGCAGAAACCUCCAGCGCAUUCUCAACUUUCUCCUUCCAGCAGCAAUCCUUUUUGGCAAAACGCCGUCUUGGGAUUUGUGCCGAUAUUACGACCCGGACUCGACAAAUACGUUUGAACAGCUGGUUCACGCUGUGAAGACCGGAAAUAUGCACAGUUUCAACGUCUGGCUGGCCCAGCACGAGCACGCGCUACGCUCACGAAAGCUUCUAAUCCUUCUUCUCGAGAAAAUCCCACUUCUGGUGUACCGCAAUCUUAUCCGGCGCACCGUCUUAACUUUUUGUUUCCCAUCUAACACCAAUAAAAUACCUUAUACAAUCCUGGAAGAGGCUGUUAGGAUAUCUCUGGGGUCUUCGGACGGGUUCCAGUCCAUUUAUACUCUAAUUCAUACCCCAGAAAACGUCCCUAACCUCCUGGAAUCACUGGUCAAUCUGGGUCUGAUGAAAGCUAACUGUUUCCCAAUAAGCAAACAAUGCGUGUUUCCUAAAUCCGACAAGAUCGACUUUAUAUUCCCUGCGAUCAACGAAAAACUCAUUGCCUUCUUUCCCCUGAACAACGAUGACACCUGGCUAGAUGAUUAA